GCCUAAGUUUUAAAUUGAAGGCCCAAUUUUACCUUCCGACGUCGGUUAGGGUUCUUUAUUGAUGAUAUCACCUGAAACACCUAGUUUCUCCCUCCGCCUCCGUCACAGAACGCAGAACUAGGUGGUUCAUCGUGGUCGUCAUAUCCCUAAAUUCCUCGAUUCCGAUACAAAAAUAAAUAAACUUAUAACCGUCUCUUGUUCUCCGGGUAUUUACACAUCUGUCGAAGUCUCCAAUCAUCGGUUCGAUUAAUCACUAACAAUGGCUGCAAGAAUUUUGGCGAGUGUGAUUGUGAUGGGCUCUACAAUCAUAGGUAGGGCUUGUGCUCAGGCAUAUCGUCAGGCGCUUGCAAAUGCAUCAAGAUCCGGGGUUGCGCAUGAAGCAGCUCAAAAUUUGAAGAGAGGGAGCAGAGGGAUGUUAAGUGAACUAGAAGCUAGAGAGAUUCUUGGUGUAACCGAGAAAUCAUCUUGGGAAGAGGUUCUUAAGAAAUACGACAUAUUGUUCGAACGCAAUGCACAGAACGGAAGCUUCUAUCUCCAAUCAAAGGUCCAUAGAGCUAAGGAAUGCUUAGAGACUGCAUAUCAGAAUACUAAAACAAGCGCAUGAUCAAGUAAUAAAAAAACUUUUCAAGCAAAAUCAGGAAUAUAUAUCUUUUGAUACAAGUUUAUUAAGUUUUAGAUCGAUAAGUUUGAAAUCUAAGUGAGAAGACGGUGGAGAAAGCCGCAAAGUUUGAAAUUAGAGGAGGUCGGUGUUGCCGGAGUGCUGACAGUUACCGACUCACCGGCCGUUGUUAAAGUCUAUUCUUUUUUUUUUCAGUUGACUUUAUUGUUCUUAGGUAUGCUCGUUGAAUUAUCUGAGAUUGAAAAAUCUGUCUAUUCUAA